AUGGGUCCUGCCGCGAAGAUCGUCGCAGUCGCCGCGGUGGCCGCGGUGGCCGACGCGGCGGUGUGCUUCAUUGGCGAGGAAGGCGCAAAAUGCACACAGACUUGUGAGGCCGUGUCCGGGACUUGCGUCGAGGUUGAUUGGGCUCACGAGACACAGACCCAGGAGGACGUGUACAAGCUGCUCUGCCUCGAAUGUGGCGCCAUUGCAGUCGACACCAGCCAGAAGAGAGCGGCUCAAAAGCAGGUCUGGCAGUAUUCCCCAGAUCACAUGGCCGACAAUCCAAAAUAUUGCAAACAAACCGGCUACAAAAGCCUCUGCGACGAGGCUCAUCAGGUUCGUUUUGUACGCCAAUGCAAGUGA